AUGUGGAGACCGUCAUCGCUACUAGCAAGAAGAACUUUCCUCAGUAGGAAAACGGCAGCUCAGAAAUUCCGGGAUGCAGUAUUUCAUUCUCAGGUAGCCAACUCUGAGUUUCUAAAGUUAAGUGUACCAUGUAUUGAAUCCUUGUUUCACAAAUCGGAUUUCUCCACCUGGGUAUGUGGAAAAUCUGAUUUUUAUCCGAACGCAAGAUUGUUCUCGUCUAACCCAUCUGAAAAUUAUGAGGAAGAGCUCGCAGAAUCUUCCGUUUCGGAACCCAAUGAAGGGUUCGGGGAAUUUUCCGGGGGCUUGAACAAUGUGUUUGAUGAAAGCAUGAGCUCCAUUUCGGCGGAAUUGGAAGCUGGGUCUUCGAUUUUCAUUGAAGAUGCGGAUGGCUUAGAGUUAAAUGAUGGUUUGGCUGCUGAAAUUGAAGAGAGUUCUGUCCCAAUGGUCGAAAGGUUUGAUUCUUUCACAAUGGAGGAUGAUAAAAUUGAAAAAAUGGAGGAGAAUGAUUUGGAAAAGGUGCAAAGUUUAUUGUCAUUGCUUCAGAGCAGUGCUACCGCUGAUGGGUCUCUAGAGGAGGACUUCGAAAAAAUGGGUUUGAUUUUGAAUGAAGAUUUUGUAAUUAUGGUGCUUGAAACACCAUACGUUCCAGGUGAGAGUUUAAUUGGUUUUGCCAGGUGGGUUUUGAAGAAAUCGGAGUUUAAGGUGACUGAACGGGUGCUUGAUGCACUUGUUAGUGCAAUAUGCAAGGGAAAUAGGAAGAGAGAAGCUUAUGCAUUGUGGGACCUUGUCCAGGAAGUUGGGGAGAAGGAGAAGGGCGUACUGAGCACGGGGAGUUUAAAUGAACUAAUAGCCCUAUUUUCGAGGUUAGGGAAAGGGAAGGCAGCAUUUGAUGUGUUCAAUAAGUUUGGAGAGUUUGGACCUAUCUUGAAUGCUGAUACAUAUUAUUUUACGAUUGAAGCUCUUUGUAAGAGGUCGUUUUUUGAUUGGGCUUGCUCAGUAUGUGAGAAGAUGGUACAGGAGGAUAAACUUCCGAGUAGCGAUAGAGUUGGGAAAAUAAUUUCUUAUUUGUGCAGAGGAAGUAAGGCUAAAGAUGCACACUCACUCAGUUUAUCUGUCUGCAAAGGAUAA